AUGCCUCCCAAAUUCGAUCCCAACGAAGUCAAGGUCAUCCACCUCCUGGCCACCGGAGGUGAGGUUGGUGCCUCCUCUGCCUUGGCCCCCAAGAUCGGUCCUCUCGGUCUGUCUCCCAAGAAAGUUGGUGAAGAUAUCGCGAAGGCCACUGGCGACUGGAAGGGCCUCCGCGUGACGGUUAAGCUCACCAUCCAGAACCGUCAAGCCGCUGUCUCCGUUGUCCCUACUGCCUCUUCCCUCAUUAUCCGCGCCCUCAAGGAGCCCCCUCGCGACCGCAAGAAGGAGAAGAACAUCAAGCACAACAAGUCUGUUCCCCUGGAGGAGAUCAUUGAGAUUGCGAGAACCAUGCGCCACAAGUCUUUCUCCAAGACAUUGGAGGGAGGUGUUAAGGAGAUUCUUGGAACGGCAAACAGUGUUGGAUGCCAGGUUGACGGCAAGAGCCCCAAGGCCAUCACCGAUGCCAUCGACGCUGGUGAGAUUGACAUCCCCGAGGAAUAA